AUGUCAGUCCAGACUUUGCAGAGGAAAAAGUUCAGUCCGUCACCAAAAGUUUACAACCCACCAGCUAAACACAAACCCAAGUACGGGUCCAGUUCAAACAUUCAGCCAAAGAAACUUUGCACCAAUUGUGGAGGUUCCCCACACCCUUUUCUUCAAUGCCUUGCUCGAAACCAAACAUGCAACUAUUGCAAGAAGUUACACCACUUCAAGAAAGUAUGCAGGAAACUUAGAUACAACAAGACUCAUGAAAUCACAAUGGGGGAUGACUCAACAGAAGAAGAGGAGGAGGAAGAAGAAGAGCAGUAUGGAUCUAGUUGUGCAUUUGAGACAAUAAAGCUGAACAAAUGUGACAGUGAAGCUUUUGCAACUGUUAAAGUCGUGUUACCUGAGUGGGGUAAAGCAACUCUAAAGGCAAAGAUAGAUACUGGAUCACAAGGAAACGCAUUGCCACUAAGACUGUACAGGAAGAUGUUUCCAUCAAAAGUUGACAAAGAAGGGACACCAACAGAUUUGACGCUAUCUGAAGUCAAACUGACUGGAUACGGUGAACACCUAUUAAGGCAAUUGGGAACUUGCAGCAUUGAAUGCAGUUACAAAGACAACACAGAAUGUACAAUCUUCUACGUCACAGAAGACAAGGGAUCAGCAAUAUUUGGACUACCGACACUGCAAGCUCUAGGGAUGAUCAGUCUAAACUACUGCAUUGAAAAGAAAUGCAAGUCAAGGACAGAACAUAUCAGGAACAAAGAAGACCUGAUCAGCAAGUACCCUGAGACCUUCAAAGGCAUGGGAAAGUUUGAAGGCCGAUACCACAUACACACAAGCAAAGAUGUCCCACCAGUGAUCCACCCUCAAAGGAAAGUGCCAAUCCAGAUCAAAGCCAAAAUAAAGGAAGAGCUCAAAGAAAAGAGAGAAAAUAGGAUCAUAGAGAAAAUUCAAGAAGGUCAACCUACUCAAUGGGUCAACAGUCUGGUUUACAGAACAAAACCGAAUGGAAGUUUACGUCUUUGUUUAGACCCAAAAGACUUGAACAAGGCGAUUCUCAGAGAACAUUACACCACACCUACACUAGAGGAAAUUCUACCAAGCCUAUCACUAUCAGAUGCACAGUAUUUUUCCAUCCUGGAUGCCAAAUGUGGUUAUUGGAAUGUGGAGUUUGACGAAGAGUCAAGUUACCUCACAACAUUCAACUCGCCAGAAGGAAGGUUCCGAUUUCUGAGAAUGCCGUUUGGAUUAAGAAUGAGUCAAGAUAUUUUUCAGAAGAAGAUGGACCAAACUUUUGAAGGAUGCCAAGGUGUCAUAGGCAUUACAGAUGACAUUGUUGUUUUUGGAAAAACAGAACAAGAACAUGAUCAAAACCUACAGGAGAUGAUCAGAAGAUGUGUCGAAACCGGACUGAAACUAAAUCCAGAGAAAUGCUGCAUAAAGCAAAAUCAAAUCAAGUUCUACGGUGUAAUAGUCACUCAAGACGGACUCAAACCUGACUCCCUCAAAAGUAGAAGCCAUAAGAAACAUGAAGGCUCCAGAGAAUGA